AGGUGAAACUGCUCAGUGUUUAACAGAAUUAUUCGGAAGAUCGAGAGAGUAUGAGCAGCACCGUAGGAGAAGGAAAGGUGGUGUGCGUCACUGGUGCUUCUGGCUACAUUGCUUCAUGGCUCGUCAAGUUCCUUCUUCUUCGUGGUUACACUGUCAAGGGGACUGUUCGCGACCCAAAUGAUCCAAGAAAGGUAGAUCACUUGCUUAAGCUUGAUGGUGCGAAGGAGAGAUUGCGACUAAUUAAAGCAGAUCUCCUGGAAGAAGGUUCCUUUGACCAAGCCGUUGAGGGGUGUGAGGGGGUCUUUCAUACUGCAUCUCCCUGUUUUACUGAUUCCAUAGACCCGCAGACUGAACUUAUUGACCCAGCAGUCAAGGGAACUCUCAAUGUUCUAAAAUCGUGUGCAAAAUCAUCAAAUGUGAAACGACUUGUUUUAACAUCUUCCACUUCAGCAGUUGUAUUUAAUGGAAAACCUCUAUCUGCUGACGUUUUGGUUGAUGAGACAUGGUUUUCAAGUCCAGAUGUUUGCAGGGAUAUUAAGCGUUGGUAUGGUCUUUCCAAGACUUUGGCUGAAGAAGCUGCCUGGAAAUUUGCGAAGGAAAACACCGUUGACCUAAUUGCUCUCAACCCAACAUAUGUGAUUGGGCCACUCUUGCAACCAUUACUCAAUGAAAGUUCUGCUAUUAUAUCUAAACUCGUAAAAGGCCAAACAUAUCCAAACUAUAGUGUAGGAUGGGUCAAUGUGAAAGAUGUUGCAAAUGCCCAUAUUCAGGCCUUUGAGAUUCCUUCAGCUAACGGAAGAUAUAUUUUGGUUGAGAGAGUUGUACACUACUCAGAACUCGUGCAGAUUUUACAUGAGCUGUUCCCAACAUUACAACUUCCUGAGAAGUGUGCGGACGAUAAGCCCUUUAUGCCAAAGCAUCAAUUUUCUAAAAAGAAGGCACUGACCUUGGGAGUUGAAUUUACCCCAUUGGAUGUGAGUCUGAAGGAGACUAUAGAAAGCUUGAAAGAGAAGAACUUCAUUAACUUUUAACUGUGAUCUCUCUCAAAAACUAUGUAGAUAAAUAAAUGUUGAUAAGCUUAAGCAUGCUUUAAGACUUUCUUGGAUGCAAGCAACUCCAUUGCAUGUAUUCAAUGAUACAGAAAGCAGUAAUUGACCA